GUCAUGGCGGUGGCGCUGAGGCGGUCGCGUAAUGGCGGCCGCAGCGCUGAGGAGGCGGUGUCAUGGCGGUGGCGCUGAGGCGGCCGCACGAUGAUGUCGCGAUACACGCGGAAGGCGCUGCCCCCCAGCGCUUUGGAGUUACAAGGACUUACAAAACAUGCCUUGCGGCAUCAUCCGCUGCCGGAUCCACAAGAUGAGGGGUGCCCAGCCACACCCACGUUGGAAAACUACGGAGAGAUCUCAAGUGAGUCUGAAAUCUCGAAGGAAUCAGAUUACCCUCCUGUUACUCCAACCGAUCAGGGGAGUUCAUGGUCUGCUAGUCAGAGUUAUGCAGGAACCUCCACCGAAGACAGCUCGAUCUUCUCUUGGGGCUAUGAUGAAUUUGAUAAAGCUGCCACGCAACAAGUUCAGCGCAUGUUCAGACAAAUUGAUGAGCUGCUCUAUGAACAGAAAGAAAAUGUACAUGUUGAGGGACUGCAGGAAGAAUGCCAGCAGUGGACAUCCAACUUUCCUCAUCUCAGGGUUGUGGGGAAGCAGAUAGUGAUCCCCACAGAUGAAGGGUAUGGAUGGUAUUCGAGUUCACCUUCUGCCAGUUUAGGUUCAUCGGGUGUAAGCUCAUCACAAGAAAAAGAUUCUAAUGAAUUUAGUGUUUUUGGCAAGAAGGUGCCUCUUUCUGUUACUCCUGUUCACAAAAAGGCCGACCGUUCCAAGUCUCUGACCUUAUGUUCUCCAGAGAGCGAAGAAGGUGAAGAUGGAAUAAUUGUCUCUGAAGGUGUAAUAGAGGAAUACUUAGCAUUUGACUGCAGAGAUGUGGAGGAGGAAUUGCAUGAGAGGAAAAUGGGACUCUCUUCUGACAGAUGGAAACUAGGGUUUCCUCCUAUCUCUCCAUAUUCCUGCAUGAAGGAUUCUGUGCUCACGUUUGUGUUUGAUGAUGUGUGGAGUGAAGUCCUAGGCUGCAUGGAAGAGUUAAUCCGCAGACACUGGGAAGGAUCAGCCUCUGAUGAUGAGAAAAACAUCAUAACAGUAGAAACGAUCCGAGCAGGUUCUGGAAGCCCUUUGCAGUUUGAUCCUCUGCCAGUGUUGUUGCCUCGCGUGCCACAAACUAAAAUACCCUCAAUGACAUCAAAUCUGUGCCCCAAAACCAGAUGUGGCCGCAAAACCAAAAAGAGGAAAAAAACACCUCAAGUACGUAUGCUGGAGAGAUGGAAGCUCUGCUAUUUUCUGUGUGCUAUUGCUAUGGUAAAUCUCUCUCAAGGCUCAAGUAGCGGCUCUCAACGUAAUCUAAAUGGCUUGAUAGUGAUCCAUGGGAUCCAGUUACAGCAAAGGAAUCUGCCUGUAAUGGAGAAAACACUGGACCUGGAUGACAAACGACCAGGCUCCAGUUCCAUCCUCUCAAACAGAACGUGGCCAAAUCGUCCCCCUCUGGAGCUCAGUACGUCAUCUCUGUCACGGCCCACGAGAAGGCGAAACCCACCACCACAUACCCUGCAUCCCAUCAACACGAGCAACUCUCGUACUGGGACCCCGCGAUCUGUGGACGAUGUCUUCAGGGGAACUCGAUUUCUGACUGCAUAUGAGCAGCUGACCUCACCCUCCCCACUGCCGCUAAACCGAAAUAAUCUCCUACCGCCCAUCAGUACCACCAACGUGGCAGAGCGCAUGGGCACUGCAGGAUCCCAGAGGCAAACGAAAUCUCGAGGGAACUCCAGUCGAGCUCACAGUGUAAUGACCCACGAAGAUAGCCACCAGCAGCUACACGAGAGGCUUUUCUUACCUGAUCGUUUCUCCAGGCCUAAAACAACCAACGUGUUCUUGCCGGACCCACAGCGUCGCCGUUCUUGCUCUGUUAUUGAUCGCAGUAAUCAAUCUUGGACAAGCAGAGGAUCAACAGAUUCAGGUCUUCAUCCACAUGGCUCUGUGAAAGCUCAAAGUCGAAGUGGAUCAGUCACAAAAAACAAACAUGGGUUCUAACGUGUCAUGAAGAUGUAUCCAUCCAUCUCCAGAAAGUCCCAAACCACCUCUCAUUCUCAGCAAUGUCAGUGUUGUUUACAGAGAGUCUUGAAACACCCUUCUUAGGAAUAAUCUUAUUUUUUAUAUAAAUCUAAGAAGCAACUGCCAAAGAUUAGAAGGGAUAUACUUGCACAUUCCAUUUUCUACCACUAGGAAAAGCUGUAUUCCAGUGGACAGUGAAGCCUAACUCCUAGAAAAUUUAGCAGAUACUCUAAAUCAUUGCUGUUUUCCCA